GUGCUUUGUCAUAACAUUUUUACGUUUCGUGUGCAUUUGUCGCAUUGCAAUACAGUCGCUGUUGUUGUUUUGAAAUUGCAAAACAUAAUUUUUGUGACAAAAUUUUCAUGUUACCUCACGUUAUCUAUCCAUCUUCUAUUUUAUGUGCACAGCACAUUAAUAAAUAAAUUAAAAUUGGUUCGUCGCUCGUCGUGCUAGUUGCGGUGUUUAUAAUUUAUGAUUCAAAAUCGAAAGAGAUUUUUGAUGGAUGUGUGCUGUUGACUUAAUCGAGUCUAGUUAAUUGGAACUUUUCCGCUGCAGGUGAAUCGAUUUUCGCAAAUGUAAAUAAACUCAAUAGCGUAAGGUGAACGGGCUAUGUUAACAGCAUCGUGUGGAGCACGCGGUUAAGGACAAGUGUCCGCCUCAGUAUUGUUCUAUAAUGCAUUUCUUCACAAACAACACGGCUAUUAUUAUUUACACAAAACACCGUCUGCAUCAAUUGAAUGUGAAUUAAUGUGAAACAAAUUAAAAAUGUGGCAAAAUAACUAAAAAAUAAACCGCAAGUGGCGGUGAUCUGGUCAAAGUGUGUUUUUCUGUUCUGUUGUGUAAGGAAAGUUCAGUGAAAACAUUGUAAAUCAUUAGUGUAGUCGGACAAACAAUAGUGGUAAAGUGUUCAGCGUGCACGCUUUUCUCGGAACAUGGAUAUCGAGAAGAUGUUGAAAAAAUGUGGCGACUUCGGUCGCUACCAAUUUAUGUUAAUGGGACUCUUUUGUAUAAUCAAUGUGUUGGCCUCAUUGAACUACUACUCACAGACAAUCAUCAGUUUCGUGCCGGAACAUUGGUGCUACUCAGAGAAGUUGUCCAAUUUAACUUAUGACGAGAUAAAACAGAUCUAUUCAACCUACGAACGACCGUCAUGUUCCAUUCUGAACGAAACGGAAAAUCUGUAUCUGCUGGAAGCUGAAUCAGUAGCCCAAUUACCAUACUCUUUCGAUUAUUUACGUAGCGAUGACGACGACACCAAAUUCACCGCCGACGGAGGGUGUGAAAAAUGGAUUUAUAAAUUGGAUUACGAGUACCGCAGUAUGACGAGCGAACUCAACUGGGUGUGUGAAUCGGCAUGGAAAUCGUCAUUGGGACAAUCGUUAUUUUUCAUCGGAUCGGUUAUUGGAUCAUUGGUGUUCGGUGUCUGGGCGGAUCGAAUAGGUCGAUUGCACGUACUGAUAAUUUCAAAUUUAAUGGCAAUGUUUGGCAACGGUGCAACGAUAUUUGCUACGAAUGUGACUGCAUUUGCAUUUUGUAGAUUUAUAGCUGGACUGGCUACCGACACCAACUUCGUCAUGAUGUACAUUCUAGUUAUGGAGUACAUAAGACCGUCAAUGCGAACAUUCGGCCUAAAUCUUUGCAUUGGAAUUUUCUACUGCAUCGGUUCAAUGAUAUCGCCAUGGAUUGCUGUCGCGGUUGGCGAUUGGAAAACGUUCCUUCUCGUCACAUCGUUACCGGUCAUUGUGGUUCCGUUGAUGUACUUCUUGGUGGAAGAGAGUGCAUUGUGGUUGAUAUCGAUGAAUGAUAUUGACGCGGCGGUUAAUUGUUUCGUGCGAGUGGCAAAGUUUAAUAAGAAUCCGUUGAGCGAGUCUGAUAUCGAUGACUUCAGAAAGACCAUAGUCGAGACGAAAAAUACGGAAAAGCGAAACACGUCCACGCUAUUUGGCCUGUUUAAAACGCCCAGACUGAGGCGUUUAACUCUAAUUUUGUUUUUCAAAUCAAUGGUCAUAACGUUGUGCUACGAUGCGAUAUCUCGAAAUGUUGAAGGUCUCGGAUUAUCGCCGUUUAUUAUGUUUUCGUUGAGUGCAACGGCAAUAUUUCCCGCCUGUGUUGUACUGUUACUGUUGCAAGAUGUUAUUGGGCGCAAGGCUAUGGCAUCAUCAUCACUGUUGAUUAGUGGCAUUUUUACAGCGUCCACGGGAUUCCUUAUCGCCUAUCAGCAUGGUGUGAGUGAGCCAGCACUUCUGGUAACUUUAGCAAUUAUCGGCCGAUUCGGCGUCACAGUGGCUUACAAUUCUGGUGCCCAAUACGCUACGGAAUUGAUUCCAACUUGCGUACGCGGACAGGGUGUAGCUGCAGUACAUGUGGCUGGCUACGCACUGACAUUCUUCAGUUCCUACAUCUUAUAUUUGUCAAAUAUAUUCAAACCAUUGCCGGCAUUGGUGCUCGGUGGUCUGUCACUAAUGGGUAGUGUAUUAGUCCUGUUCCUGCCGGAAACGUUAAAUCGCACCAUUCCAUCAACCCUGGAGGAUGGCGAACGUUUUGGUAAAGGGGAAAGAUUUUACGAAUUUUCGUGCUUCGAGAAAAAAUCCCGAAUCACCGACUCGACGGACGUCCUCACCGAUAAUUGAGCGUUUCUUUGGGCGACAAGGAAACGUUUCUCUAAAAUUUAUUUAUUUAAAAUUCGUACAAAACCGUACAGAUAAGACUUGAAAAGAUAAAUUAUUUGAAUCAAUUUGAAUGAAUCGAAUUGAAAUCGAUUCAAAAUACAGACAACGAAGAAAGA